AUGACGUCGAUUGAUGAGCCGCUGGACCUGAUCAAGCUGAGCGUGGCAGAGCGCAUCUACAUCAAGUGUCGAGGAGACCGAGAACUACGUGGCGUGCUGCAGGCGUACGACCAGCAUCUCAAUAUGGUGCUGAGUGACGUGGAAGAGACUAUAACCGUGCAGGAGCUGGACACCGAGACGUACGAAGAGCUGAUUAAGCAGUCCAAGCGCACGAUUGAGAUGCUUUUUGUGCGCGGAGACGUUGUGAUCCUCGUGGCGCCCCCGCUUCGCACAGCCUGA